AUGUUUCCACUGUUGAAUUUCAAGUCACCGACAGUCUUCACUAAGUUCACUGCAUUGGGAACAGUCUCUGUCGUCUAUUUAAUAGGCUUCAACACUAUACAACUUAAACGGUGUUUCGAUUGGAGUUUUGAACACACAUCUCCCCCAAAGCAAUGGCAUUUCCCGGCUUUUACUGGAUUGCUCACCAUGUCGUUCUUCAUACAUAAUUCUAUAUUAACAAUUCUUGCUUGUCAACAACAUCCAGAAAAUAACAAUUUGUUGAAUAACUUUGACGUCGCCUAUUCGCCAAGUUCGGUGGCCCGAGUGCUAAUUUUCUUCCAGAUAUUCUCUAUUUUCCCGCUGAUUAUGUAUUUAAUUCGUUCACAGAUUUCAUGUUUACUUUACAACAAUCCAUGGCCAGGGUAA